GGAAAACAAAAACCCUACAAAGGUGGUGGGUUGUCACCGCGCCUUUGAUCGAAGAUUUUGUGCCAUCCACCAGUCACCAACAUCCUCACACCACUACACCGCCAUUCACCUGAUGGCGGACGUUAACGCUUUUUCUGGCGAUGAGAUUACUGGGAAGGCCAGCCUCGAUUUUGUUAUGUCGUAUCUCUUGCACGGCUGUUUUGAAGAGACAAUUACAGCACUUAAUGGUAGUACACCUUAUGCCAAGCCCACGACAAUGGAAAUUGCCAAGAAAGAAAUAUUGGAACGAGUGAGAUUAGAUGAUGCAAUUGGGGCAGUUAAUGUACUUGAAAAAGAGCCUGGCCUUUUGAAUAUCAACCCGACACUCCUUUGUGAUCUGUUGUGCAUUCACUUCAUUAAGCUCAUUUCUUCGGGCAACAGAUAUAUGGCUCUAAAAUUUGCGGAGAUGAACUUUAUUCCAUUGCUGGAGUUGAAAGAUAAUGUUGAGAAUAUCCAAGCUUGUACGAAGCUCCUGUAUGAGAAACCAGAACUGAUACACUCAAUGUCUUCUAUAUUGAACACUGAGUUUCGCCAAAAAGUAUCAGCAAUUCAAGCUAGGAAACCCCUUGACAGACCUUCUACUGAGGAGUGGGAGAACAUGAGAAUUAGAAAAGGAAUCAUGAAGUUUGUUCUCGAUAGAAAUGAGAUGAAAGCCAUUGCAAGCACAAAGAAAUUUUUUCGGGGAUUACUUGAAAAAAAUAGUGAGAUCGAGUUUGAACUCCUAAGGCUUCAUCUGCUCACACUAAUCUACUCAGAAAAACCGUCGGAGGCUAUCAAGUUUGCCCGGACAGAGUUUUCCCAUUUUGAUCGUAGGGGAAUACAUGAGUGCAUGCUCCUCCUCCUAUAUCCUAAUCCAGAUAAAGGAACAAGACGGCAUCAUUUGAUUAGCACCGAACAUCGAGAGGAUAUUGCCGAUAAGUUGAAUAGAGCAAUCCUAGCAUAUGGCAACUGUUCUACUUAUUCAACUUUGGAAAGGCUCAUGCAACAUGUAAUUGUGUCCAGAAAAUGUGUGAAUGAAAAACUUGGAAAGGGAAUGAGCAAGGAAGUGAGCAUCAGGAAUCUCUUUAAUGAGGCUAUGGUGAUGGAGCAGGCUGCUGAUCUGCACCGGCAAAUGGGCUAGUGGUAGCAGUUGCAGAUGUCAGUUCCAUGAACAAGAUCUUGAAUCUGCUGCAAGUUUUUGUAGUUCUCUUAUAAAACUGUACAUACGUGAUAUAUCUGCUAUCGGAAUAGAGAUUGCAUUGCGGACAGAAGUGAUGAAUUUAUCGAGUUUUAGUAACAAGAUGAGACUGUAGUAUAUGUUACCUGAAGUAUCUCCGCCCUAGUUUCUGUCACAUGUCCAGGGGAUCAAUCUUGUGUGUUGAAACACGAGGAUCGGUUAAAUUGUGAUCUAUACGACUACAAACGUGCGGAAUCCGAUUGUAAUUGACUUUGAGGUUUCUUGAAUAAACAUGAACAUAUAAACACAAA